CGCCUACACAUCUACCCAUUGUCUUCCUCGCAGGUACCGCUUUUAAUCCAAUUGUCCAAAGGUGGGACAGACAUGCAUAUGUCUCGCAACACACUCUACAGCACGCUUCUCCACCUUACCCUGAGCCCUCUACUUUUCUUCCCAGCUCGUGGAAGCGCCACCGCUGCCUCGAAUAUCUACCGAGCGCCGACCGGGUCAUUAUAUGUGAACCAAUCGUCGAACCUCAGAUCCUUCUCCGCGCUGUACCUCCACUGUCCGUCGCUUCUUGUCCCACAUCAACCGUUUUCCACCUCGUCCAUGAUGUCGUCCGACCCCGUCAAAUCAGCCGAAGCAGCUGACCAAAACCAAGACCAAGAUGGGAAACCGAAAGCGCCUCUCGCUCUCCCAUCCACAGACCCUACAGACGGAUCGAAUAGUCAUAAGAUUGAUCUCAGCGCCGAGGGCGGCUCCACCGUGAAACUCGACCAUUUUGGUCCCAUGGUUGUGAACCAAGACGGAACGCUCUCCCGAAUUUCAAACUGGGAGCAAAUGACGGAAAUCGAACGGCGGAAUACACUGCGCGUGCUGGGGAAGAGGAACAAGCAGCGACUGGCCGCGUUGAAAGAGGCGGAAGCUGCAAGACAGAACGAGGAACAAAAGUAGAGAGGGCUGAACGGCAUCGGCAUAUAAAUAUGGCGUUGAAGCGUUCCUGUUGGUGACAAUUGUAUCUAUACUAUUUUAAAGAAACUAAUAAUUGAAAUGUGAAUAUGACUUGAGAGCAUUAGAAUGCUAUCAUACAAUUUACCG